CAAGAAAGAUUUAAAACUAUCCUUGCUCAUCUUAUAGCUGGCGCCAAUUUGCUCUAUAGCUGGGUGGAGCAUUCAGAGUGGAAACAGUUCCUCACUGAAUUUGUACUAGGUGCUGAGCCAUUUUCAUGCAAAGUGCUCACUGAUUGCAUUAUUCUUGGUGCACUCAAUGUUAUGGAGAGCAAAGUUAGAAGCAAAAUCCAAGGACAGGUUGUCAGUGUGCACACUGAUAGCUGGAGCAGAGGAAACCACCACCACUUUCAAGCAUUCAAAACUACAGCACUACAACAGAUAUGUGCACUGUUUAGUUUUAUAAUUAGGCUAAUACUUUUGAUAGUCAUAUUCUGUCCAGCUGAUUGA